AUGACCAUAGAAGAGAUUCAAAAAUAUAUUACGCUUGAAUGGGUUUCGGAGGAUUUUCUAUCAGGCGAUCUUAAACCAAGCAACCUCCAGCAAUCUUCAGUUUAUACGGACCCUUUAUUUACCUUUCAGGAAAAGUUUCUCGAAAAGAGAUGGCAAAGAUUAGUUGUUCGGGAAUUACUUAACGAGAAAUUGCUUCCACAAAAUAGCGUAAAACCUGGCACCUUCACUCUCGAUCUUAGCACACUUUCUAGCCAUCACCUUAAUAUACUUUCAGAUGUAAUUCAAAAGAAGUUAUAUGAGGCCGUCGAGGAUGUUAGAAUAGCGGUGGAUCAGUACUAUCAACACACACUCGCCCAUCCUUCACACCAAUCAAAACAAUUUGCAAAGGACUUGAUAGAACAUUUUGGUGGAUUUGCAGAUAGCAACAACCUGCCGUAUACCACAGCAAACACUGCGUCCUCCCAUUGCGAAGAACAUCAAGAAUGCGUUCAAGAUUUAAUACAAGGAUUACAACCGAUUUCUAAGGCAGUUAACAAAUAUAUCAAAGCCACGUAUCCCGCUUUAUAUUCCAAGAUGAAGAAACUAGAUCUUGGGUCGAAUGAUCAUCGAAACACUCUGUGUGUGGUUUGCCCACUUGGGAAAUUCGAAGGUGGAGAAUUAACAUUCCCCGAAUUGAAGUUGAUUAUUUACGCCAAACAAGGGCAAGCAGUGGCAUUUCGAUCAAAUAUUUUGGUUCAUGGAAAUCUCCCGGUCAUCGCUGGAGUUCGACACAGUGUCGUAUUUUAUAUCCAUAACACCAUAAUCAAACAAAAACGGAAAUUUGGUUCUUUUUUUGCCGAUUAUGAGUUGGACUGGGGUGUUAAUAGCGACGGGGAUGAACCAUCACCAAAAUAUCUUCCUCCGACGCUAGGUUCUCGAGAUAACGUGGCGAAACCAAAAAAUCAUAGAAGAACGAAUAUAG